AUGGCUACCUACACAGAGCAAUCGGCUUACGAGCAACCCACAGGAGCCGUAGCCGCAGAGUUACUGUCUUCUCCUCCAACUCCAUGGGCCACCUAUGAAGACCUCCCUGAAACCCCAAGAGCCAAUUUCACAGUCCAGAUGCCUUAUCUCGAGUCCCCAAUGCGAGCAUAUGUGGAGCUUCGAGCGUCUCCCCCAACCCCAAAGGCUCCUGAUACAGAGGAACUAUGGUCUCCUCCUCCGACUCCACGAGCCACGUAUGGAGAUCUCCCUGAAACUCCAAGGGCCAACUUCACAGAUCAGAUCCCUUAUCUGCAGUCCCCAGUGCCAGCAUAUAUGGAGCUUCGAGCUUCUCCCCCAACACCGAAGGCUCCUGAUACAGAGGAACUAGCCAAUUCUCAACCCACAAUCCAGAAGGCAAAUUCGACUUGGGGUUAA